AAUGGACUUUCUAAAUUUUUUAUCGUCUUGUAUUUAUUUCAGUUAGUUGGGCACGUUAUCAAAGGCGGCGGAAUUGCUAUCUCGGGACAAGAGCAACGACAAUUGGGUGGCGGUUUCUUAGAAGGCGAAGGCGCGCCACGAGGUUCCGGUGGCUAUUUAGGAGAAUUAACAAUGGUGCAACUCUACAACGUUGCUCUGACCGCGGGAAAGGCGCAUAAAGAUCACAAACAUCACCAUGCGCAUCAUUACGAACACGAUACCAGUAAUAACAUGCCGAGGACCACCACACAACCUCCCAUAACCGGACCGCCUUUACCGCCGCAUCCCUUGCUUACCGGUGGACAAAUCAAUACACAAGUGAAGAUCAAUCCGGGAGCAUCGAUUCAGAUUGUACAAAACGGCGUGACCAUUCGUCAUCCGGCAUUACCGCCGGUUCCGGAAUCACCUCCGCAGCCGCUGCCGCCCUUGAAUCUCGAUGUUCUCUCGACGGCCUUUCCCGCGCUUGCGACGAGCUUCAUAAGCAAUCCGGCGCACCAGUUACCUACUGUUGAAAGACCGUCGUCCAUUUUCCCGGAUGAGCCGUAUCAUAAUCUUUUUAAAAGAGAGAGGUACGAAUCGAAGAAACGGAAUGUCAAGGACGAGGCAGUGAUAUCGAGUUUAACCGAAUCUGAGAAAUCAGUUGUAAAGAGAGAUAUUAAAACAGUUUCGCAAAUUGGCAACUCCGAUGGCAAGAUAUCCUUUGUACCGCAAUCGGAGACCGCAGAUGAUAAGAAGCUAGAAAAACGCGAGAUUGAGAAGAAGAAGAAGAGAGGACUGUUGCAAUUGAGCGACGGAUUGAUUCUUGAUGAUGGAUACGCCAUUCCUCAGAAAUUGGACAAUGAUUAUUUCACUGGACUAACGGGCUUCGGACUCGAAUUGUUUAAAGAAACGGAUGAAGAGAACGAGCGUGAGCCCGCUGAGGGUGAGGUCAGACUAGUGAUGGACAUAUGCGACGGCUGCACCGACGAGCCUUUCGGCAAGGCGCUAAUCAUAGGCUGGCGAACGGUGCCCAAAAAGCUCUAUUCCGGCGCGUUAUUUUUACCUGCCGUACAAGCGUGCAAAGCGUUCUAAACCAGCGCUUGAAAAUUUCCGGUAAUCGAUCAAUUCCAACAAUUUGAAUCUUAAGUUUGGACGUCAAAUAGUUCAGCCGCUUUGAGCUGAAAGUAUGUCUGAAUAGAUUGAAUUGCUCGAAUUCGGAAAGAAUAAGCAUCAAAUUUGAAUUAUUCGAAUAUCUUGACGCACACUGGAAAAAAAGUCUAGUUGAUUUUGAACAAACCAAACAGAUUCUAAUUGAGAUCUAUCAUUUUUCCUAUUAAUGCAACCAGAUUCUGGUAGAUUCAACUAGAAUCUGUUUGGUUUGUUCAAAAUCAACUAGCCUCUUUUUUCAGUGAAAUAUUGAUUUUAUUGGUUUUAUUGAUUUGUAUAAAGUUAGGUAAAAACGAAAAUUUUCUUUACCAAAACUAUGCAAAUUUUUGGACGUUACAAACUUACAUUAAUAGAUCAAUAACUGUUUACGUUCGAACUGUUCAAACUCUCCGAAAUGUCCAAAUUCGAUACUCAUUUUUUUCGAAUCUUUUGUCUGAGCUAGGGAUGUUCAAUUUUAUAAUAGAAAUUGUUUUUUUAAUUCAUCCUAAAUUGAGAUAACUAAAAUUGAUUCCCUAAAAAAUCUAAUUGAAAAAGAUCGAUUUCUCAAAAAUCAAUUUAAAAAAUUGCAUGCAAUUUAAAAAUAAGUAUAUACAAGGUAUCUCACACUAAUCGCACCACAAAGAUAAAAGCGCAUUUCUAAGAUUAUUUUAAAAUGAAAUUUCUAAUGCUAAAAUGUCGAGACUACAAUAGUUCACAACAAUAGUUCUUAAAUAAGAAGCAUUUAAGAGAAGGAAUUCUGGAGUCGUCUGUAAUACUGACAAAUGUUAAUUUUCUAAUAUAUGUAGAUUUUUUUAUUGCUUGUAUAGAAUUACAAAUUCUGUUCAAGGAUUAAAGUACAUAUACAGAGUGGUCUAUUUAAGUUGGCACAACUGAAUAUCUCGAAAACAAUACACUUAUGAAACAAAUGUUUCAAACAAAAGUUGUUUGUUUUUGAUGGGGAAAGAGAAACGUAUUAUUCAUUUUUGAUUUUUCAAAUAAGAACCUAUUAUUUUUUAGCACCUUCUUAUUCUAUGUAAAAAACAAGCAACUUUUAUCAGAAACAGUUUUUUUAUUUGACUUCUGUUUUGAAAGAUACUUAAACACUAAAGAUAGAUGAAGCAUUUAAUUGGCAUAUCUGAAUAUCUCGAAGACAAAGUAUUUUAUGAAAAAAUGUUUCAAACAAAGCUUGUUAAGUUUUAAGGAAGCAAUAGAUUGUUGUAAUCAUCUCAGGUAAUUACAAAAUGCUUUGUCUUCAAGAUAUUUAGAUGUGGCAAUAAAUGCCUCAUAUAUUUUUAGUGCUCAAAUAUCUUUCAAAAUAGAAGUCGAGUACAAAACUGUUUCCGAUAAAAGUUGUUUGUUUUUUUACAUGGAAUAAGAAGAUGCUAAAAAAUAAUAGGUUCCCAUUUGAAAAAACAAAGUUGACCUUCAAAUAAUCUUGAAAACAUCCACAAAAUAAAAAAUAAAUAACACGUUUCUCUUUUCCCCUAAAAAACAAACAACUUUUGUCCGAAACAUUUGUUUCUGAAAUGCAUUGUUUUUGGGAUAUUCAGUUGUGCCAACUUAAAUGGACCACCUUGUAAUAAUAGAUUAUGACUGGUUAACGUCAAACCAAAAAAAGAAAAAAAAAUUAGAAAAUUUGCUGACAAGUUAGCAGUUCAAACAAAUAUAUUUGUUUUAUAUAAAAGUUAUAUUGCUUGUAUAUGCAAAAUAAGACCAAAGAACAAAGAAGAGUAUAUCAAAUAAUGACGGAAACCUUUAAAAUUGAAUUUAAAGGUUUAGAGUUUUUAAAAAGUCAGGUAGACUCAAAUUUAUGCAUAGCAUGCAUGCAAUAUUUGAGUAAUAAGGUAAAAAAGAACAAUAGUUUUCGGAUAUUGACAUAGAGGCGCCGUACUAGUGCCGACUAGUGUUAUAAAAACAGCUGAUAAUGAAACGAACAGAAAUAUAUUGUGAUAUUGACAGUGUCCGAAAAACUCUAACUUUUUACCCGUACAUCUUACAGUGUACAUUAUGUAUGUAUGUGUGUAUAAAAAUAUAUAGUACUUAGUGUACUGUGCAGUAGAGAAAUAAUGGGAUAAAAAAUUUGUCCCUCUCUAGGCACAGCCUUGCGAAAAAAAUAUAGAUAAAAAGGUUAGUUUUUUUAUAUUUGAAGAAAUUGUUUCAAAAAAAUGUCAAUUGAUAUUACUUUCUAAUUGUUAGUGAGAGUCUUUAUUAUUAAUAUGAUUUUGAAAUAAUUCUCAAACAAAUAAGGCCAGAGGCGGUUUACUCAUGGACUGGCAUUUUUAAUAAAUAAAGCUAGAGGCACGGUUUACUCGUAGACUGGCAUUUUUAACAAAUAAAGCCAGAGGCAGUUUACUCGUAGACUGGCAUUUUUAACAAAUAAAGUCAGGCGGUUUACUCGUAGGCUGGCAAUUUUUUAUAAAUAAAACCAGAGAUGGUUUACUCAUGAACUGGCAUUUUUUAUAAAUAAAAUCAGAGGCGGUUUACUCGCGGACGGGCAUUUUUAAUAAAUAAAGCCAGAAUCUAGCGUAAGUUGACAAUUUUAAUAAAUAAAAUUUUAUAAAUAAAAUCAGAUGUAGUCCACUCGUGGACUGAUAUUUUUAAAGAAAUAUUUUUUUGUUAGUAAUUUGCUACUGUGUAUGUGUAAUCAAAUAGUUUGUAAAGUUUGCACUUUUUUUCUCGAUCAAAAUUCUAUCGAGAAUCUAUAAAUAAAACCAUGAUAUAACCGACACGAAAUACGCAUAUACAAAGUAUCUAAUAUAUAUAAACUAAAUGUAAAAAACUAUUUUAUUUGAGAAAUAUAUACAUAUAACGUACUGUACAUCUAACUGGAAAUGUCAUAUGUUUUCUUUAUUUUUAUCCUUAUAUAAUAAAUACAAAAUAAAUUAAUUAAUUAAUUA